UGUAGGCACCUGAGAAGCAACAGAAUAUAGAACAGCUUAUAUUCAUCCAUGAAGACAUGAGAUUUAUGAAUUAUCUCACAUAUAUAUCCUUCAGAACAUUAGUAGGGCAGAGAUUCGCAGUUAGAGGGUGAGAGUGCCUCGCCUUCGCAACCUUCCUCUUCUCCAUCGAGAGGUCAGCCGAGAGUGGUGAUGCGGCCCCGGAAUCAAGUACUUCAGAGGGCAACGACAUUUUCGCUGGGAAAUUUCGAAGAAUAGGGAACUAACUCAUCGAGUUUUGGAUAAAGAGAUUGAAGAGGCUCUCAAGAACAUUUAACCAGAUAAAGCUCCAGGACGAGAUGGAUUUCCUGCAUUAUUUUUUCAGCACUUUUGGUCUUUGAUUAAAAUUGAGAUGACUAUGGGGUAUUGUUUCAACGGAAGGGAUGAAACAUUGCAAGAGAUGGAAGAUAAGGAUAGACCUGUAGAAACGUUGCCCAUCUUUGACAACAUCAAUAUAUCUGUUCUGAUCAGCUUUGGGAUUAAUCUGUGUUUGUCUAGAUGUCUUGUACUAACAUCCCAUUUUUGCAGGAAGAUGAACAAAUCGUCAGGGAAUCAUAUACGACAAGUGUCACAAACUAUGGAGGGGUUCAGCCUGCUAUCCUUAACAAAUGGUAAUUUCUCUAACCAAAAUCAGACUGAUCUAAAUUGUCAGAUCAACAAUAUUAUGAGUGGAAAAAAAAUAGCUCGAUACCAUCAGUUCAGUAUGCAAGGUAAAAAUCAUAGUGUUAAAAACAAAAGAGUCCAUAAAAGGAAAAAUAGUAAGUGUGUUCAAAAUAGAAAAAAGAAAUGCUUAUUAGACAAGAUAUUGAAACAAGAGGCUGCCUGCUUUAUAUUAACAUUUCUGCACAUCAUUGUUCUUUAUUAUAAAUGGAGGCUUCAAAAGUUCAAGCAUCUGUUGGAAGAUAUUCCUCUAUUAAACAUAGUUGUCAUAAAGAACCUCAACAGAUCAUCGAGCAUUAUACGGGUAUCUGUGUGGAUCGCUGUCAUAUUCAACAGGUGGGGAUUCAAAUAUGCCAGAUCUCAAAUGUUAUAUCAAAAAUAUCGAGGGCCUUCAAAUCCAACCAUUCUUGGUACUUCAUCGCAGGGAGAAUCAAUAUUUACUUUAUGUUUUUGGUGGGAGGUAUAUUUUACAGAGCUUAGUGCCCAUCACAUUACACUUCAAUUUGUGCAUAUACCAGCAUGUUUUGGAACUGCUCAAAGUGGGUGUAAAUUCUCUCAUAAGAUUCAGACUUCUGUCAAAGGUAACAAAUCAGUACAAAAACAGAAGAAACAAGAAGAAAAAACAAAAGAGGAGGAGCAUCACUCUGUUACUAACAUUUUCUAUCUUUGUGUUUGCAGGAUUAAAAUCAGAGAAUUUUAUUUAAUGAUUCACUUCUCUCUUCUUUCACAUGAAACAUGCUUAUGGUCAUAUACCGUUUUCUUCAAACUAUCAACUUGGACUCUUCUACCACAUUAUAUACUGUUUUCUUAUUGGGAGGAUUACUUUGCUGCUUCAUACUUUUACAGAGCAAUACAAAUUUCGGGUUCUAUUUUCUUCUACAUAUUACAAAUUGCGAAGUUAUAUAAGCAGCCACAGCUUCAUUGUGGCUGUCAAUGCGAAGGGAAAGGGCAAUACAUAUUUCUGUUUCAACACGGCAUGCCGGAGGAUGCUGAUUUUGGUUACCUGUUUUGGCACGCUGUUUCACUGCCUUGGCCAACCUUAACAUUCACACUUCAGUCUUUUGAUUCUCUCACCAUGUUUUUCUGGUUCACUCAGACCAAGGUUGGAACCUAUUUAUUCACACAAAUCUUUGGUCAUGACUGCUUUUCUGACAACCUGUGGGAUUUCUUCUUUAAAUUGGAUGUACCUGUUGUUAUACUCUGCUGCUUACAUGCUUUGCAACAAUUGGUUUAUUGGCUUACAACUUCUCAAGCAUUAUUGGGUUCUCAUGUUAAGAGUUUAUUCCUCUUACCAAGUUGGCAGGUUCCUAUUUUGGAUGUCAUGGUUUCCUACUCUUAUGUUCAUACAUAAUCAGAUUGCAAUGAUUCAGCAUGCUUCGUCACUCAACUCCUAAUGUUAGGCUGUUUCAAGCCAAUUGCUAUAUCAAUGGAAUUCAGCAACUACUAUUCAACAAAGUAUAGGAUUUCAAACAUCAAUGGAGAUGCGGCUAUCUUUUUACAGUAUUAUACCUAGUUUUGGCUGGAUAUUUUUACUGUUUAUAGUCCUAUACAGAAAGUUUUGUUUACCAUGAAACCAUAUUUUCCCGCUUGACAUCCUUUCUUAUCUUCCACCAUGUAAUCUGUUGUCACCUGUGUUUUCGGCCUGCUUUUUCAUUUAUGUAUUACAGGCCUUUGAUAGUAAUUGUACUGACUUACU